AUGAUACCUGUGUUGUUUGCAGCCCGCGAAGGAUAUACAGAUGUCCUUGACUUCUGUGCAUGUGUAGGAGGUAACGUGUCGGUUGUUGAUUCUGAUCGUAACAACAUCCUUCAUUUGACAAGCCUUGGAGGUCACGUUCCGAUGGUGAAGUACAUCGUCUCACAGAAUAUCACUGACAUCAACAGCAGGGAUAGAUUCCGGAGGACACCAGUGAUGUUGGCCGCUGCCGAGGGACACACUGACGUGUUUGUCUUUCUUGUAAGUAAAGGAGGCAAAGCUUCACUUGUAGAUACAUAUAAGAACAACGUUCUACAUCUUGCCAGUCUUCGAGGGCAUUUGGACAUGGUGACGCACAUCCUCUCACAGAAUAUUGUGGACAUCAACGGUAGAGAAAGAUACGGGCGGACACCUUUGAUGUCAGCAGCAACCGGUGGAAAUGUAGACGUGUUCCGCUCCCUCGUGAGUGAGGGGUCUAACGCUUCACUUGUGGAUAGAUUUGGGGACAACAUCCUACAUCUGGCCAGCCUAAGUGGACAUGUGGACUUGGUUGGGUAUAUUCUCUCUCAGAACAUUACUGACAUCAACAGCAGAGGGAGUUUCAAGAGAACACCAUUGAUGAAUACAGCAAGAGGCCAUGUGGAGAUGGUGAAGCACAUCCUUCAGGGAAGUGGUGUGGGUCUGGAGGCUACAAAUGAGUACGGCUGGACACCUCGGAUGUAUGCACAGAAAAGAAACAAGACGGAAUUGAUUCACUACCUUAACGCGAUAAACGGGACUGGGAGUGGUUAG